AACCCCAUCUAGAAAAACAAAACAAACAAACAAACAAAAAAAGAAUUUAAACGUUUCAACAGGGCCAGCACCGCUUUAGCCUGGAAGUUGCUCUAUGGUUUUCGGCUCCGCCCCGCCUCGGUCGCUCUAGCCCGCAUGGGAAGCGGCGAGACGUCGCGGCUCCCUUCUAGGCCGCCGGAGGAUGCAGAGGGCAUCUCGUUGGUAGUGUGGUCGGCCAUGAACACGGUUCGUAAAGCACUGGUGGUGGUUGCUGUGCUCGGCGCGGGUGCUGGCGUUGGCUCCACUCUGUUUGCCCUUGUAACCCCAGGAGAACUACAGAAGCAGGCAAUGCUGCAGGAGUUUCCGGAACGGGACCCGCGGCGCAGGGAAGAAGCUGCCCGAACCAAGGAACUAGUGAUGGCUACUCUGAAGAAAGCGUCAGCUACGGAGGAGAACGUGGCCUGGAGGAAGAACUGGACGGAAGCAGUUAGCGACGGCAGCAGAGCGAAAAAUGAAAGUGCGGACGCGCUGCAUAUAUGGAAGUCACAGAACAGUGUUUAACUUCGGUUAAAGUCUCUUUCCAGUCAGUGUUGCCCUGAUUGUGCUGGAACUCGCUCUGUAGACCAGGCUGGCCUCACAGCUUCACCUGCCUCUGCCUCCUCAGUGCUUGCAUUAAAAGUAUGUACCUCCAUUGCCAGGCCUUGUUAAGGCUCUGUAAGAGAAGCUGACUCAGUACUAAAACAUCUGUGUCAGAUCAUUCUUAACCAUAGCUCAGUGACAUAUAAGUAUAAUAACCACAGCACCCAGGAGGGUAAGAAGAUAGUAGUUUCAAGACAAACCUGGGCUACUACCUCAAAAGAGAAAGAUUUUGGUUUAACUACAUGAUAUUCUGAACUGAGUGUUUAUCCUCAGCACUUGGGACAGAGGGGCAGGAAGAUCUCUGCAAGGCCAGCUUGGUCUGCUUAAUAAUUCCCAGACCCUCCGGGGCUACAUAGUGAAACCAGCUCUCAAAAAAAAAAAAAAAAAAGGCCCGAGGGUUUAAACUAUUACAAAAUGGGCAAAAAGGGUCGUUGGAAAGUGCAGCAGUGCAUGGUAGCUGAGUCUCAGCACCUGGCAGCUUGAGCCAGAAUUCUAACAAGCUCAAAGCCAGCCAUGGCUAUAAAGUGUUUCAGGCUGUCCUGGACUAUAGUUGAGAUCCUGCCACGAAAAUCCCGCUAUUCCCCCCAACAUACAGCCUCUUGCUAAAUGUAGUGAGGGACGGUUGAAAGGGCUGUGGGUAAAAGCACCUUGAGCUAAACCUAGGAUUUAAAUCUAAUCCCUGGAACCCACCUGGUGAAUGAAGGAAAGUGACUGCUGGUUUCUUUUGACCUCUAAGUUUUCUGCCUCCACAGGCAUACACGUAAAUAUAUGUGUCUAUGCCCCCAAAGUUGUUUAUUAUAUGGUGGCACACAAAACCCAGGGCCAUGGGCUUGUACCUGCAGAGAUGAACCAGGCCACAAAUCCUUUUUUGAUUUGGUACCGAGGAUUGAGCCCUAGCACCUUGGGUAUGCUAGUACCCAUCACUGAGCUCCACCUAGCCCAUAUACAUAUAUAGGUGUGUGUUGUGUAAUGUUCAAUCUUUUGGCUUCUUGGGGGGCCCACCACCCAACUCCCAAAUAAAUCACAGAGGCUUAUUCUUUGUUAUGAAUUCCCUGCCUUACUUAGCUUGUUUCUUGACAGCAUUUUUAAAGACAGGGUUUCUCUGUAUAGCUUUGGAGCCUAUCCUGGAAUUCUCACAGUAGAUCAGGGCAGCCUUGAAUCCACCUGCCUCGGCUUCCUAACUGCUGGUAUAAAGGCGUGUGCCACCACGACACUGCAGGAAUUACAAGUUCACUACUUGCCUUUUAAAAGGGCUCUGCCCACCUCCUAUCUAUGUCUCUCUUCUGCUGCUCCACCCUGAGAGGCUGGUCUCCCCCCUUCCCUUAAUAAAAACCCCUCCACAGUAA